UUAUAUAAUAUUUUUGGCUUUAUACCAUCAUCCAAUUCUCUACACUUCAAUAUUCCUUAUUUUUGGCGAAGUCGUAUUGACUAUUGAAGAUGGCCAUUGACGACCUCUGCGGCGAUUCUGAAGCUGAAACUCCGCUGCUAUCGGAGACGCUAUACGGCGUCGUCAACUUCAAGGGCCUCCCCGUCCUACGAUCUACCUCUGGUGGUUGGAAAGCUGCUGCCUUCAUUAUAACUGUGGAAGUGGCUGAGAGAUUUGCUUACUAUGGAAUCAACUCGAACCUGAUAAAUUAUUUGACGGGGCCACUUGGUCAAUCCACGGUAACGGCAGCGGAGAACGUCAACCUCUGGUCUGGAACAGCGUCAUUACUUCCUCUUCUCGGCGCUUUUCUUGCUGAUUCUUUUCUUGGUCGUUACCGCACCAUCGUUUUAGCUUCCCUUAUUUAUGUUCUGGGACUGAGCCUGCUGACGUUUUCGACUAUACUUCCUGUGACAACCUCGGACGGCGAAGUUGCUCGUCCCCAAUUAAUAUUCUUCUUCUUUUCUCUAUAUCUCGUUGCACUUGCACAAGGUGGACAUAAGCCUUGUGUUCAGGCUUUUGGAGCUGAUCAGUUUGAUGUGAACGAUCCUGAGGAAUGCAAGGCCAGAAGCUCCUUUUUCAAUUGGUGGUAUUUUGCCUUCAGUGCUGGUCUUUUUGUGACUCUUUUCAUCUUGAACUAUGUCCAGGAUAAUGUCGGUUGGGUUCUUGGAUUUGGAAUCCCUUGCAUUGCAAUGCUAACUGCAUUGGUUAUUUUCUUAAUUGGAACUUGGACUUACCGGUUUAGCAUUCAGAGGGAGGAACGAGGCCCUUUUUUGAGGAUUGGUAGGGUGUUUAUUGUUGCAGUGAACAAUUGGCGAAUUACCCCUUCAGCUGUCACUUCUGAAGAGGAAGCUUGUGGCACUCUGCCUUGCCAUGGUUCUGAUCAAUUUAGUUUCCUGAACAAAGCAUUAAUUGCAUCAAACGGUUCAAAGGAAGAGGGGGAAGUUUGUAGUGCUGCUGAAGUUGAAGAAGCAAAGGCAGUCCUCAGGCUUGUUCCAAUAUGGGCUACAUGUUUAAUUUUUGCUAUUGUGUUUGCUCAGUCUUCUACUUUCUUUACAAAACAAGGUGUUACGAUGGACAGGGAAAUUUUGCCUGGGUUUUAUGUACCCCCUGCUUCUCUUCAAUCCAUUAUCAGCCUCUCCAUUGUUCUUUUUAUUCCUAUCUAUGACCGCAUUAUUGUUCCCGUAGCUAGAGCUUUUACUGGCAAACCCUCUGGCAUCACAAUGCUGCAGAGAAUUGGAACUGGAAUGCUUCUUUCUGCAAUUUCUAUGGUAAUUGCAGCUUUUGUGGAGAUGAAAAGACUCAAAGUGGCUCGUGACUGUGGGCUAAUUGACAUGCCUAAUGUGACAAUUCCAAUGAGCAUCUGGUGGUUAGUUCCUCAAUAUGCCUUGUUUGGAAUUGCUGAUGUCUUUGCAAUGGUGGGUCUGCAAGAGUUUUUCUAUGAUCAAGUCCCACAGGAAUUAAGAAGUGUGGGUCUUUCUCUCUAUCUAAGUAUUUUUGGGGUCGGGAGCUUUCUGAGUGGCUUUCUCAUCUCUGCUAUUGAAAAUGUCACGGGUAAAGAUAAUCGUCAUAGCUGGUUUUCUAGUAAUCUCAAUCGUGCGCAUCUUGAUUAUUUCUAUGCCCUUCUAGCUGCUCUCAGUGCAGUGGAGUUAUCUGUCUUCUGGUUCUUUUCCAAAUCUUAUGUUUACAAGACAAGAAGCACAUAGAAGAAGCUGGAAUUCUGUAGUAAAACAAUGCAUGCAAGGGAUGUCCUAAUAUUAAACGAGUUUCCUAUAUUAUUAGUGAAUUCUAAGACGAGAUGCAAAGGAUCCAAAUUACCUUGCAAACUCAAAUGGAAUCAUAUAUAAAUAAUUGAUUCAUUCGAUCUAUUUUGUAAUAUUGUCGAUGUAAUUUUUUUAGCUUUGUUAACUUUUGACAAUUUUAUUCUAACAAUAAUAAUUGCUACAGUAUUCUCAAUA